CGAAGAUUGGUUCUCUAUUGCUACGACGGGUAAUGGCCAGACAGGACCAACGGGCCACGACUAGCAUGAUCGCAAUGCUGCCACCAUCACAGUGUACUGACGUUCCCAACAUUGCCCUGGCACUUAUUGUUGCUGAUUUGCCAUGCCAUCUUCCAUGCACCGUGAUAACAAUGUCAUGGUCCUUGCUGAAAGGUGGAAUUCUCGCGCGUACAGCAAGGAAUCGAACCAGAGGUUCUCACGUAGCGCAAUGUUACCCGAAUCCUCGACCAGGGUGGCCGCCAAUUUCUCAUCGAUCGAGCGAACCCUCCUUGCCUUGCAUGAUGCGCUGGGGGAUUGUGUACAUGCCAACAUCGCCCGAACAGAUAGCUUGUCCCAGACUCCGAUCCCAAUCACCUACUGCCGCAGCUCAGGUCUAACCUUCCUUCAAUCCACGAACACAAAGACACAGAGCAAUGAAAGUGUAGAUUGCUACUUUCUUCUCACACCAUUUAUUUGUGUGUACAUGUCAGCUUGAGUAGCUGUGCGAGGGCACCAGGAGAGGAAGAACUGAUAGCCUAGUAGUAGAGGCAGUGGUGUUCUGGUCAGUGGGUAUAGCGGUCCCAUGGCAUGAUGAUGCUGGAGAUGGAGGAGAAUUGUGGAGGACGACGGCCUCCUCUGAGGAUGUCCCCAUUGCUAUCCGUGACUGUCAUCAUUCUCGCACUGGCCGCCGCAGCGGCGUCAGUGCCACCCGGUGGUCAAGGGAAUGCCAGGAUCGCCAAUCAGUUCCUGGAUCCCAGGAGAGCCUUGCUGGGGGUGACGGUGGCCAGGGCCCCGAGCCCCGACGCUGCCGCAACCCGAAACGACACUCUCUUGUACUGCAGGUCGUGUCGCAGUAGAAUGGUGAACAUUCUCUAUCGGAUUCGAGGACAGGUCGAGAAAACCCUGAAGUUUCAAGACAUACAACUGCAGGCGUUUCCCUGCCUGGCGGUUGAAGCUACCCGCCAUCUUGGCCUCAUCGUUUCCGACCUGCGGAUCGAGCCUGCCCAGGAAGCGGGCAGCGUCAGUUUGCAGCUCUCUACGGACUACGGAGCGCACUGGAUCAACCUGAUCGGUGUUGGCACCAUUGGUCCAGCUAGACCGCUGUACAUCCAGCCUCACUGGCAAUUGCGAAUGGUCCACCGAAUGGACGUGCACCGUGGAUUUCACGUCCUGCAUGUCAGCAUGGCUGUCGGUGUGUGGGGCCUGACCCGCCAAGCUUUCAACACGACUGCGCGCUGUCCAACAUUCGGUGAGGCAAGACUGUGCCAGUGCUCGGAGGUCUUUCACAGAGUGAAUGUGUCAGUAGCUACCAAUGACACUGGAGAGGAACGCCAGCCCACAGUAGCUGGCCAGCAGGAUGGUCAUCCUGCGGAAGCUAUUUCGGCUGUUCAUGGCCGAGUCCGGAGACAGUCAGGCCGCUAUCCCACACCGCACACGCCCAUCAUAUCUCCCUCGAGCAGAGCUAUCUCGGCCAAUGCUAUUCUAUUGUCAUGGAAACAGCCUAUAGUAAAGGGAGACAAGAAGGGACCCAAGGAGUUUGUCAUCGAGAUCUCGGCACCUGGAUACGAUGAGAAGCUUACAGUGGGAUGCGACGACUGCGACAAGGGAGACUAUGUGGCACGCAUGUCGACGCCAACUGGCUACGGUGUGGAGUUCCACAGGCUGAUCGAGAGUCUUCAGCCGUUCACCAAGUACACAAUCACAGUGAUGGCCGUUGGUGAGGAAAAGUCCAGUGAGCCCACUAGAGACAUUGUGAUCCGUACAGCGGAGGCAGCUCCUGAGUUUCCACCGACUGGUGUUACCGUGUCCAAGGUGACUGGCCACUCAGCCAAAAUUGCAUGGCAGCCGAUCGAUGUAGCGUUCCGGCACGGAAUCCUUCAGCAGUACGAGGUGCUGGUCAGAGAGACGCAGGCUGACGUUAUCGCGGCCCGAGGCAACGUCAGUGCCCUGGGCAACAGAAGCAGCACCACCGUCACAGAUCUGGUGCCCCUGAGAGAGUACGCUGUCACGGUCAGAGGCUUCACCGAUGCUGGAGUCAGCCUGCCCAGCGACGAAGUGGUCUUCACCACAACCGAAACAGUUCCAGGCAUUCCGACUCGGGUCAAGGUCAGACCCAUGUCACCCACAAGCGUACUUGUCAUGUGGCAGCCACCGGUGCACCGAAGCCAGGUGAACGAGACGUUCACCGUUCAGUACUGGCCGUCAGCUGCCAAAGCUGGGCAGAGCCAGGCACUGCAAGAGGUGACCACGGACACACUGGCGUUCAUCCGCGGACUGCAGCCAGCUACCACCUACACUGUACAGGUGGCAACCGUUGAUGGCACAGGUCGAGGCGUGGGAAGUGACAUGAUCAACGUUACGACUGAACCAAUAAUCACCCUGGGUGGAAACGCUGCAGUGAACAUCGAAGCAUCCGCAAUCAACAGCACCGCCGUCAAUGUCACGUGGCACGCACCCGAGCUCAUGAGAGGCCAACCGGUCGAAGUUGGCAGUGCCGGCGUACGCGUGAGCUAUUCACUGGUGCCCACGGAGGUGAGCGGUGGCAAGCCGCCAGGCCCAGCCGUUACUCACCGCCAGCCCCAGCGUUCCCAGCUUACUCCGCUGGGACAAGGGUACGGCGUGAUGACUGGGCUCACUCCAUACUCGUUCUACAACGUCACUGUGGAAAUGGUCCCCGAUGCUAAUCCGUCUAAUCCGUCUAAUCCUAAUGCUAAUCCUUCUCUGCAACUUCUUACAACUAGCGACAUCAUUCGCACUCCUGACUCAGUUCCUCCUCCGCCUGGUGAUUUGUCAGUACAUCCGGAGGUUCUUCACGGCCCAUCGGUGCUGGUCGAAUGGACACGCCCAGCACACGCCCAGCACAGCGUCAUCAGCUACACGGUCACAGCCGAGGCCUUGCCACCUGCCGCUCCACACCGUGUGCAGCACGUCGUCAACAAGGCCCAGCACAACAUCACCGACGCGGCAGGCAAUGUCGUCCAGUGGCGCAUGACCGACCUGCGUGAGAAUACGGAGUACUCGGUCACUGUCCAGGGAAGGAAUGAGGUGGGCUCCUCAUAUGCCACUGCCAUGGCACUCACCACAGCAGCAUCUGUCACAAGCGAGCCACAGGACGUGCAGGCUCUCGGUGCGGCGUAUAACGCAAUCCGCGUCCAGUGGCGCAAGCCGGCCAAGCGUGUGGGACCCAUCUUGCAAUACACGGUGGCGUAUGCACCCGUUAACAGGAGCGUUGGCGGCGCGGCGGCUGCGAUUCUACCCGACAGUGUGCCGUACGUACGGCGCCUGCAGUUCAGCGCCCUGACCAGCACAUGUCUGAUCACCGGGCUCUACACAGGUCAGACCUAUGCAGUUUGGGUGUGGGCCAGCACAUGGACAAGUCACGGCUCAGAGCAGGGACUCCCAAGCCAGGCGGUGUUUGCGGUGACGGAUGGCAGUGCUACCACAGAUCAUGCUCCACACGACCACAGUAUGAUAUCAGAGCAAGCCCUACUGAACCCUCAGUAUCUGGAAGUGCAGAGCACGGGCCCGAGAACUGUGACCGUCCGGUGGCACCGCUCUAUAGCACAGAACAUCAUAGGCUACGUAAUCCGUAUCCUUCAGAUUGGGCCAGCCAAAGAGACAGCUGUGGACAGUAGUAGCACGCCGGCAGUAGGCCAGCAAAAGUACCUGCCUUGGCUGGUAACGCGCAGUGCGGACAUGCCGACAGAGAUAGAGCUGCGUGGUCUCCGGCCGCACAGUAAGUAUGCCGUGGAAGUGUUCGGCUUCUCCGCGCGAAUGAACAGCACCGGAACGGGCCGGAAGUUUGUCGUCACCAUGCAGUCACGGCCCAGCGUGCCCCCGUCGGACCUGCAGGCCAAUCCGCUCACGUCUCGCUCGUUGCUGGUGACCUGGGGCACGGUACCGAGCGCAUCACUGAACGGCAUACUGCACGGUUAUCAGGUGAACCUUACACACGAGCAGACCAGUGACAGUUCCGAUGACCAUGUGGCGUACAGGAAGCAGACGGCGUUCAUCGCGUCCAACUUGCCAAACUCCUACACGGCCACGGCCCUGCAUCCGGCCACGCCGUACCAUGUCUCCGUAGCUGCCAUCACGGACGGCGGUGUGGGACCACCAGCCAUGGCAUUGAUUACCACUCAUGAAGAUGCUCCUUCAGAUAUCAUCCUAGAUGCUACGGUGAUCAAUGACACAUCAGUCAAUGUCUCCUGGAGCCUCGCACCAAACGGCCGUCUGACCCAAUUUGAUCUCGCCUAUCACCCGCACACGAUGAAUGUUAGUGGAAGCAAGUCUGGCGGCCCGCUCAGGAGAAACUUGCUUCACCGACGAAAUCAGCGCUACACCAUCCUGAAUAGGCUGAGUCCCUACCACUUCUACACGAUCGCACUCAGCGCUGCAACCAGCAAGGGCUCGGCCAAAAAACAAAUAUCAGUCUUCACAGCCAAGAAUGCCGCAGAAUCACAGUCGGACAUGUUGGAAAUUCUGGGCUGCCGAGCUGUUUCGACCAGCAGUGUACGCGUACACUGGUCUAUUGGCCGGCCAGUAGCGGGGAUGUUCAGCUAUCUGCGCUUGCUGACCAGCGAGUGGCAGAACGGUUCGGCCGUGUCCAUACACAACGUAACAUUACCGACCACCGCACGGGCCACGCAGAUGGCGCAUCUGGACAGCAGCCGGUCGUACUCCUUCCGCCUGCUGGCGGUCAAACGGACUAACGGCCAGAAGGUGUUUUCCCUGCCGUGCAACCUCAUAGCACCAGAGUAUCGAUUGGAUAUCAAGAAGGGCAGUUCAGCCAAUACUACCACAAGCACAACCAGCUUUGAUGACUCACAGGUGGUGGAUCACAAAGGUAACACUACCGUCGUCGUAGCAGUGGUACUGCCGCUUGCUGUCAUCAUCGUACUAGCCGCGGCUCUGCUUGCGUACCGAUGUAAGGGCUGUGCCCAGUGGCGCAACACAAUGCUCUACGAAGUCGCAUGCAACACACCAGUCGGCAAAGGUGUACUGCCGAGGUGGAACUCACCGACAAAACUGAAGAAUGUUGAUUUGGCGAGCCUGGAGCACCUACAGAUAGCACGGAAUCGUCUGCACAACAUGCAGCCAAUUGGCGAGGGCAACUUUGGCAAAGUCUACAUGGCCGAAGCCGAGGGAAUCGGGCUGGAUAGAAAAGAACGUACACUGGUGGCCAUCAAAGCUCUGAAAGACACGGACUGUCCAGAGGCACGCCGAAAGUUCUACCAAGAGAUGAAGACAAUGGCGGAGCUCUCUCAUGCCAACCUCCUGCGUCUGCUCGCAGUUUGCACAAAGAAACAGCCGGCCUAUUUGAUAACGGAGUUCAUGAAUGAGGGCGAUCUGAAAUCGGUUCUCGUUGCAUCAAGGACAUACAAGUCCCAGCAUUUAUCAGAUGAGAACCUGCUGCACAUCAUACACCAGGUGUCGUCGGCAAUGAACUACAUGUCCUCACGGCACUUCAUUCACCGAGACCUGGCCGCACGCAAUUGCCUGGUGUCGCACGGCCUGUGCGUGAAGGUGGCCGACUUUGGGCUAACGCGUCGUGUCGGCCACGCGUCCAUGGACUACUACCGUGCAUCCGACGGCCUGCUGCCAGUGCGCUGGAUGCCACCGGAGGCGCUGUUCGAUGGCAUCUUCAGCACGGCCAGUGACAUCUGGGCGUUUGGCGUCUUCUGCUGGGAAGUGUACACGCUCGGCCAGCUACCCUAUCCCGGCUGCGCCAAUACGCAGAUUGUCAGCUGGAUACGCGACGGCAAUCGACUGCCUCGCCCCGACCUUUGCCCGGAGCAUAUCUACGAGAGCAUGCAGGCGUGCUGGAGAGAAGAGGCCGGCGUACGACCUAACUUCAAGCUGCUGCAUGAGUUUGUCAGCGCGUGCAUGGACGCUUCGUCCAAACGACAACAGAGCGUGCACACCUUCGACGCGUACGAUAGCGAUGGCGACUACGUCAUCAGCAAUUCCGGCGCUGCCGACAGCGGCGAGUUCGAAGAGGUUGACCUAGACGGUUACGAGAACGCAUGGGAUACCUGUGAGUACGAUGUUGCCGACGCGCCUCACCUGGUGAUGAAGAGCAAGGCUGCAAGAAAACGAUUGUGAUACCGCCCCACUGCCGCGCCCGAGUGCAGCAACAGUCGACGGUGCGAUCACAGUGGAAGAACAUUACCCUCCAACCCUAACCCGCCGGCACACCCUACCUAGUCUAGACAUAGCGUUGCGCCUACAUGUCCUUGACCUACUCAUAGCAUUCUCAACUUCCACUCCCAUUCAGUACUAUCCAAUGGUGCAACAACCAUCUUCUCAGGGCACACGCUAUCCUACAAGCACACAGCCCAUCAUACUUUCAACUUGUGCAUAUUCUACACAUAGCACACAUACAUUUCUUCGUUCCUUGAUGUACUUGACGACCUUGCAAUUAAAAUCGAUACGCCAAGAUACUGUUGUUGAACGCAUGGCUGUAUGCAUGGUGCUGACCAAAAGCCUUUGUAAGCAAAGAAAUAAGCAUGCUUCUUGAUAAUAUGUUAAAUCCAG